AUUUGGAAUGUGUCUAUAAAUAGAAUUGUAAAUGGUAUAAAAGGAAAUUUAGAUCAAUUGAUUUAGCAUAUUGUUCGUCUGUAUGCAUUAAGCAUGUCUGAUAUAAGUAUAACUGUAAAUGGAUUCGGAGGAGUAGAACGAAGUGUUACAAUCGGACAGGCAGACAGUAUAAAAGAACUUAAAAACCGGGUGAAACAAACAUUUAAUUUAACGUUAGAGGAUGAUAUCAGACUACUUUACAUGUGCAAAGACCUUCGCGAAAAAGAUGAACACGGCAGGGAAAAGUUUGUAAAAGACUACGGUGUUGAGAAUUUGGACACGGUUUCUUUAGUUUUACGAGUGCACGGCGGUUCUGCAUCGAAUGUGUCUGGAAAUGAUCUUCCGUUGGCAACAGAACGAGACUUUAUUACCCUCGAGGAUACACCAGUCGGACAGAGUUGGAAAAUGCCUUGUGGUCACGUCCUUGGACCAGAUUCACUGAAAAGUAUAUGCAAAACUGUUUUGGCAGCAGGCGGCUAUGAAUUUCGAUGUUCUUACAAAGAAGGCGCAAAUUCUAAAUUCUGCAACAUGCAGUGGGACUUCUCGACUGUCAAACGUAUGGCUUUGCUCACUAAUACAGAAAUAAAGGAUUUCAAAAAAAAAAUUGCUUACAACUAUCGCAAGGCUUGCGGAAUAAAAGAAUGUCCUAAAUGCAAGUCAUUUUGCUCAAGGAAGCGUAACACUGAUCAGCGCGUUAUAUGUCCUAAUUGCACCCGUAAUGAUCGCAAAAACUACGAGUUUUGCUGGUUUUGCCUGAAAAUUUGGAUGUCUAGCGGAGUAAGCGAAUGUGGGAAUUCGGGAUGCUUUGGAAAAGAUGCAAGGCUCGAAGUAUUGAAGAACAGCGAAACAAAAGAAGUGGUUGGAGUGAAGUGUCCAAAGCUCCGAGCUUGUCCAACUUGUGGUGUUUUUAUUGAACAUAUUGAAAAGUGCAAACACAUGUCAUGCCCUUGUGGCACAAAAUUUUGCUUUAUAUGUUUAAAAAAAUCAGAUGUUAAUGGUUCAUACACGUGUGGCUCGUACAACACGAAAUGUGAAGUUGCGCCUGUUCAGACAGAAAUACCGACUCUUUAAAUACAACUGUAAUCGAACAUGACGACACAUUGUUGUUGUGUUUCCAGUAUGAUUCAAUAAUCGACCAUACAAUAAAAUUAUAUAUUAACUGAUGCAUCGCUUAUUUGUUUAAAAAAAUGAAAUGUUUUUACUACAAUUUUCUUCAUUGUAUACAGAUUGCGCAUCAUUCAUUUUAUGUUAUAAUCCGAAUUAAAUGUAUCUGUGUAUUGUGUUUAAAUAAUGUGUUUAAGAAAUAGAAUUUUGUUUACACAUUUCAGAAAUUAAAGUUGACAUUUGAUAUACAAAAACGUAAAUUUGAUACGUAAAAUAAACAUAACAUACUGUUUUUGAAUGUAUGUAUUAAAUCAUAUAAUACAGCUUA